AACUCAGUGCCACCUCGUCUCAAACACGAUGUUGGCAUCAAAGCUUCCGCUCUUCGCUGGAUUAGAUCUUAUCUCACAAAUGAUAGCACCAUUUUUUUUCUGAUGAAGAAUUAGCAUCAAACGGGUCCAAACUAUAUUGUCUGUUAAACCCUUUUGUAACUGUGGUUGAGAUCUACACAAAUGAAAUUAAAUUGAGUUUUAUGAACAUUAGCCAAUAUGAUGGCGAUUUGAAUAAGGAAAGCCUCAGCCACAACAAUGGGUAUUUUUAACUAUAAUUCCCGUUGUUGUGAGCAUAUUGGGUUUUACUAGGCCCUACUAUCAUGACAGAAGAUGCAACACUAUUUUCUAUUGCUGCGCUGCACACGGCGCUGUUUUUAGAGUCAGUUUGGUUGAGUUUCAUCUAGAUGCCUGUGUGCCAGGACCGGUGAGUGUGGUGCGUUGCGUACGUUCGUUCCAUGACCUUUUCUCCCCUAGACGUACCGGAUCAACUGAUUUCCUCACAAAGCACUGCCGUUCCACACCUCCCGAUGAAGAUCAUGGAAACCUGUUUUUCAUAUGAUAUGCUUGAAAUAAGCUGCCGGUCGGCUGACGUAUUUGCAAAAUGAGAAGGCAAAUCUGUCACUGACAAUAGAUGUAAAUGCUCACACAUCCCAGGAGGACGGCGGAGCUCUGCUAUAGGUCUACCAUGGGGUCCAGUCGUCUCAUCUGCAGUUUCAUCGGUGUUCUCAUCCACCUGCGGGAGUCACCAGGAUGUUCAGCUGCAUCCAGCAUUGCCGUGCCGCUGAGAGGCGCGGCCGUUCAGUCUUCCACCGCUUCGGGCUGGACCGCUGGACGGGCCAUCGAUGGGAGCUGCAGCUCUGGGACGGACAGCUGCACUCACACCUCGGAGAUGGACAAUCCGUGGUGGAGGCUCCAGCUGGACGGUGUGUACAGGGUGUCCGUGAUCGAGAUCACUAAUAGAAACGUAGCAAGGGAUCGGCUCGACGGCGUGGAAAUACACAUCGGCAAUUCACUGGUCAACAACGGCAACGACAACCCGAGGUGUGCCAUCAUCCACGAUGUCCCCGACAGCUUGACUCAGACUGUCCAUUGCUGGGGAAUGGAAGGAAUGUAUGUCAACUUCUACAAGCCCUUCAACACUACAGCCUUGACGUUGUGCGAGGUCAAAGUGUACGGAGAGUUGGCUCCCCCCUCCAUCAGCACUCCGGGGGUGGGGAUGAACGUCACCCUGGUGGGGAAGCGGCUGUGCUGGUCAGACGCCCUGUUCUACUGCAGAGACUAUCACUGGGACCUGCUGACUCUCAGGGGCCCGGCGGAGCAGGAGAUAGUCGACGAUCUGGUGGCUCGCGCCCCCUUCACACUGACCAGCCAUCUCUGGGUGGGCCUGCGCAGGUCUAUUCUAGGAAGCUCUUGGUUUUGGAUGUCCGGUGACCCAAUGGACUUCACCCAGUGGGACGAGGCCUCACAGGAGCCCAGCCCAUGUGGGGGCGUUUCCAGCACAGAACGUUCCACAUGGAGGCAACGCUUUUGUGGGGAACAUCUCAACUUCAUCUGUUUCACAGGUCCGACAGGAGGGAAAAAGGUGCGCUUCUUUAGUACAACAAGAGUGAAACCAACUUGUAAAAACUAGGUUUGUCUCGCUGGAGAAUGCAACUACUGAUUCCCAAGUAGUCAUACGUAGUGGAGAUUCUGAAUGCUUUAGCACAGAGCUUGUCUGUGGUAGCUAGCCAGUUCGGCAUUUUGUUUACAAACUCACGGAAGAUGUAUAUCCAUGGAAUUAGUGCUGUAAUAGCUUGAACGUGUAAAAGCGUAGGUAGAAGUAAUUUAUUUACUUUAGAAUAUAAUCAUUGAACAUCCAUGUGAGCAGAUCUGGUUGACGUUGCAUUAGUCCUUUGAUUGAAAUGUGGAGAUUGUGAGAAGAUGCUAUAUAAAUACUAUA